AUGAAUAUGAACUUAGAUGACAUAAUAGAAUCUUUCAAAUCCAGAGUGAAUCGAUUGUCUCAAGAUUGGGAUACGCUAAUAUCCACAAGUUUGAAUACUCCGGAGGAGGAAUUGAAGUUGUUAAAGGCGAAAUUAGAUCUAGUGCAAGAACAGAACUCUGCUAUUAUAGUUGAUCUCGAUCAAAUCAAGAAAGUUUUGAAUUUAGAUGAUGAUGCUUCUAAUAAUGUGUUUACGCUAUUGAAUACAGCGGGAGAUGGUUUAAGCGAUGCGGCGACAAGCGCGCUAGCGGCGAAUGAGAUGGUUGCGGCAGCUAUUAGUGAGCAUCACGGACAGGUGCACCACCACCACCACCACCACCACCCGCACCAUCACCAGCCACCCAAUACACCUCAGAGUGAAACUUCAUCGAACUCCAAUCACGCGACAGCAGGGUUAGAUAUUGCUAGUUUGGCCUUUGAUCAAGAUAUCCAGGCGCUAAAAAGACGAAGGACAUCUUCCGAGUGCAGCACGGGGGUCUCCAUCGCAAAGGUGGGAAUCGAGGAAGACGAAGAGGAUGUUGUUACUAUUCAAAAGGACAGAAAUGCUGCUGCUUUGGGACAUCUACAACAGCGGCAACCACAUAGACACAUCUCCACACGCCGCGCGUUGCCGGCCUCCCAUUUGCAAGAGAUUGAAGACUAUGAGUUGCAGAUGAUCGAUUCCCCCAAGGACGUCAACGAAUUGUACCGUGAAUUUGACACCAGUUUAAAAUUACAAAUAAUGGAGUUUGAAAAGAGGUACGGUAAGGGGCAACUUUCUAGAAUACCAAAAAUUAGAACCUAUCAAAGAAGGCGUGCUUUGGUAAGCGAAAUUGAUAGAUACGCAAGGUUCACUAAUAAGUCAACUGAAGAAGCAAUCCAGUUCUUCGACACCAUACGGGUGGAGAAAAAUAAGACCGUGGCCUGGUUGUAUAAUAACUUGGGUAAAAUCUUGGCUGAAUAUAACAUCGUGUGA